AUGACACUGUCCCCACGUCUCGGUACGGGGUUUCGCUCCAAGUUCUCCAGGCCAGUCUCUUCUGAUGGAGUCCAAGGCACAAGACUGAAGAAAUACAAUGACAGACUUUCAGCGCAAUUUACCGAUAUUCGACAACAUGGAGUUCCAUUUAUGGGGUCUACAUCCUCUGACUCAAACUCGUCAUCUGAUAUGACGGGAACGUACUCAGAAUUGAACACACCAGUACUUCAGCAGAAUGAGGCGCGGCAGACUGCAAAAGACCAAACAUGUUGGAAGUACCACGUCACCAAAGUGUCUUCAAACGAGUUUUAUCUCACAACAAAUCCCGAUUCAAAACAUUUGUACUGUCGAAAUGCGCCUGGGUAUUGGUGUACCUUGCUCUUGCCCAGCGCGAAGCCGAAACGAGGACAGUCCCAGCGAGACGUGGGGUUUCGUUUGGUUCUGGUUCCGAGACUCGAGUCAGGUUUGGAAUCCAAAGAUGUGAUCAUUGUGACAAAAACGACAGCCGGUUUUGAGGUGGCCUUCACGUCGUUGUUGGUCCUGGAUCGACUGGGGAAUUUACGUCACGAUGUCAAUGAGAAGCUUAAAGAGAAAGUUGACGCUGCAGAGAUCAAGAUGAACACUUCAGAAACUCUGAGCGAUGAUUCCUCUAAUGACACUCUUAAACUGGCGUUGGGAACAAUGCAUCGCUAUGAGACAGACAGCGUGGACAAGUUUGGAUCUUUCGUGGUGGGACCUACUCCCAGAGUCAAGCAGAAGACUCUAAACAAGCUCGGGCUCACUAACAAAAUAUACAAGCUUGCGGACAAAGGUAUUGUGUAUUUCACUUCCAAAGAAUUUGCGAUACCGAAGCAGAGACACCGUUCAUCGGAAAUACAGCCAGAGCUAGAUGUCGACUCAGUUGUGGCUCUAUUCAGACCAUGUGAUCGCCAGUUCAAGAAACUGGUCGCGAAGAAACUAAGAAUGAAAGAGAGCUACAUGGACACCGACGGAUAUGACGAUGAUGUGGAGUCGCUUAGUUCGACAGACACAUCCCUUUCGUCGACCUCACAGCACUAUAAAACAGGAGAUGGUAUGAUACUUAAGGACCCCAAUGACGAUUCUCCGAACGACGACAAGGUGGGCUGGGUCACCAUAUAUGACGACCCAAGGCUGUUCGGUCCAACAGAGGACGGAAAUGGAACAGGAAUGUGGGAGCUGGUGCUUGGUCUCACGUUUGCCGUGGGGUUUGAGCGGAUUCUGGAUAAAUAUCUGGAAAAAGAGGCCAGCAUAUGA